ACAAUGAGAUACCACUGCACACCAGUCAGAAUGGCCAUCAUAAAGAAAUCAACAGACUCCAGAGCACCCCGGAGCAGAAGCAGCAGCCGCUACCAGUGUCCGUGGAGCCCACCGAGCUGGCCAUGGCGUUGUCGAUGCCGCUGAACGGGCUGAAGGAGGAAGACAAAGAUCCCAUCAUUGAGCUCUUCAUCAAGGCUGGCAGUGAUGGUGAAAGCAUAGGAAACUGCCCCUUUUCCCAGAGGCUCUUCAUGAUUCUUUGGCUCAAAGGGGUUGUAUUUAGUGUCACAACCGUUGACUUGAAAAGGAAGCCUGUAGACCUGCAGAACUUGGCUCCUGGGACCCACCCACCAUUCAUAACUUUCAACAAUGAGGUCAAAACGGAUGUAAAUAAGAUUGAAGAAUUUCUUGAAGAAGCUCUAUGCCCUCCCAAGUACUUAAAGCUUUCACCAAAACACCCGGAAUCGAAUACUGCUGGAAUGGAAAUCUUUGCCAAAUUCUCUGCAUAUAUUAAGAAUUCAAGGCCAGAGGCUAAUGAAGCAUUGGAGAGAGGGCUCUUGAAAACACUGUAGAAACUGGAUGACUAUCUGAAUUCUCCCCUUCCUGAUGAAAUUGAUGAGAAUAGUAUGGAGGAGAUUAAGUUUUCCACACGUAAAUUUCUGGAUGGCAAUGAAAUGACAUUGGCUGAUUGCAACCUGAUGCCCAAACUGCACAUCGUCAAGGUGGUGACCAAAAAAUAUUGCAACUUUGAUAUUCCAAAACGGAUGACCGGCAUCUGGAGAUACUUAACUAAUGCUUAUAGUAGGGAUGAGUUCACUAAUACCUGUCCCAGUGAUAAGGAGGUUGAAAUAGCAUAUAGUGACGUAGCCAAAAGACUUACCAAGUAAAAGAGCACUUAGAGAGAGAUGUCUUCACAUCUUUUCCUGAUUACGAAUAUGCUUUUUCUAACAGGCUGAUUCUUGUCCUAUAAAGUAGACAUUUUAUUUUGCAUGACAGAGGCAGUUACUCAAGGUUAGGAUAAAGGAUAGAUAAGGUGUAGUAGCUCUCUUUAAACAUGCACUCCUAAGCAGUAUUAUUUUAAAUUUUUUUACCCUGCCUACCUCCCCUACCCCAUAUCCUCCACUCUUCUAAUUCAGAGACACUUCUCAAACUUUCUCCUUUAGAGGCAGUUUGCCAUCUCUCUAGCGCCCUCACCGUCGCAUCCAUUCACUGUAUAUAGGUGGCAGGGCAGCUGAGGUGCAGGGUUCAACUGUUGACAUAGUAACCACGACCUCAUCGGUCAGCCCCAAACUGGUGCAUAAUGCGUGGUACAAGGAAUAUUUAUGUAUUUUUGGAGUUUUAUAGUAUUUAGUAAGAGUAUAUGAAAGGAUUGCUACUGUAUCAAAAUA